AUGUGCUGCGUGAUUCUCUUCAUCGACUCAAUAAUCUGGUCACUCUUCGACAUUAUCAGGCGUGCGACGCGGUCGUCACACGAUGGGACUGUUGUCGAGGAGGUCGGCGAGCGACCCAGAGAAAUUGAGAAUACAGGCCUCAGGGAACAGAUCUCGACGCGCCAAUUCAUAUUCAUGGCGCUGGGAGGCUCCAUCGGUGCCGGCUUGUUUAUCGCCUCAGGCAAAGGCCUCCAACAAGGCGGACCAGGCGGGCUCUUCUUUGCGUUUGCCAUCGUCGGCCUCGCGGUCUGGCUGACAAUGUGCGCGCUGGGCGAGCUGUCGGCCAGCUUCCCCGUCCAGGGCUCCUUCUACGACUUCUCGAUCCGAUUUAUCUCUCCCAGCUGGGGCUUUGCCAUGGGAUGGAACUAUAAUAUCAACUUCAUGCUUAUAGUUCCCUUCGAAAUUACGGUCAUUAUACUCAUUGAGAGAUACUGGGGCGACGCAGUGCCGGACAUUGCGCUGGUUCCUGUUCUCAUAGUAGGUUUGUUCGCAGUGCAUAUCCUCGGAGCGAAGGCAUAUGCUGAGGUGGAGCGUGCCCUCGGCAUUGCGAAAAUUAUCGUCCUGGUGAUGUUCACGAUUACAGGUGUUGUCAUUGCUGGUGGAGGAACGCGCGAAGCCAAUGGGCGUGGCUUUGAAAACUGGCAAAAUGGACAAGCCUUUCUUAAUGGUGGAGCUGGCUUCAUAUCCGUCUUCGUCGCCGCAGGAAUGGCCUACGGCGGAACAGAAAUGCUCGGCCUCGCGGCAGCGGAGUGCCGAGAACCUCGAAGGGUCAUGCCGUUGGCAUCGAUGCUUGUUGUCGGCCGUCUGAUAGUAUGCUACCUUCUCCCACUAUUCGUCGUCGGCCUCGUCCUCAAACCGUCAGCCUUCCUCGAGCCCGAUUUCGCCAACCUUCACGCCAUUUCGCCCUUUGUCGCUGCCGUUCAAAAGGCUGGCAUCAAGGUUCUCCCGCAUGUCAUCAACGCCUUUCUUAUCGCUGCGGUAUUCAGUAUGGGCAGCUCGGCAUUCUUUGCUUCUUCGAGGAGCUUGACGGCAAUCUGCAAACAAGGGAUGGGCCCGAGAAUAUUCGCGAGGACUAUGAAGAGCGGGUUGCCGUUAAACUCGCUUCUUGCUGUCUUGGUCGUGGCGCAGUUGGCCUGGAUUGCCGCUGCUCCUGAUGGGUCUUACAUAUUUGAGUGGCUCCUUGCACUGGCCUCGACGAGCAACUUCUUCACGGUAAAAACAUGGUUGAGCAUAUGCGUCUGCCAUAUACGCCUCCACCGCGCGAUGAAGCGACAAGGCCGCAACGUCAACGAGCUCGAGUGGAGAUCACCUACGGGCGUCUGGGGCAGCUAUCUCGCUGCAUUCAUAAUCGUGUGUUGCAUGGUCUCACUUAUUGUUAGCGCUGCCCUGCCACCUGUCAUACCGCAUUCGCAAUCUCGUAUCGAGACUGCGAUGCAGAAUAUCAUCGGCUUUAUUGUGGUGUUCGUGUGCUGGGCUGGCCAUUUGGUGAUCGCUGCCCGGAGGAACAAUGCCUCGUGGAGGGAGAGAUUUCUCAUACCUCUCGACCAACUGACAUUGCCUGAGCUGGACGCUGGGCAGUCACCGCAUGGAUCUUCUAUCGAGAAAAAUGGCAAUGGUGAUGCGCAGGCGUAA